GGAAAAUGCGUUGUUGAUUUGUGAAAUUCAGUUUUCAGAUCAGCUGUGUGCAAUGGCUGUGUAGCCAAUAAAGGAGGAGUUUGACAAUGCAACUAACUGAGAACAACCAGAUGGCUCAAGACUGCUGCAGAUCACUUUGCUAGAGAGCUUCUUCUGAACACAUGAAAAUGGUCAGUCCAGUGAAUUCAGUGCUCCUGUUUCUUUGAGGUCUCCUUGCUACACGUCACAAGAUGGCAUCCAAUCUGAUACCCAUCAUUUCCCAAAAGGAUCUGGAGAGCAUUUCCCUAAUGAAGACAGGAUUUGGCUUUGCUCUCAAAGCCUUCCAUGCGCCUGAGAAUACGGAUGUUUCUCUGAAGCUCUUGACAAGUCAGAAUACAACAGAGAGAGAACUGAAGGCACUUCUUCAAGAGGUGGCCAGCACUCGAUGCAUGCAGUGUGAGAGGCUCCUGCCUGCCCUUGGCAUCUGCCAGUUCCAGGGUUUUCUUGGCGUCGUCACAGAAUGGAUACACAACGGCUCUCUCGAUUUGCUCAUCCAUGAGCAUGAACUCUGCCCAGAAUUGCCUUUCCCUCUUUCUAUGAGAAUCUUGUCAGAUGUGUCCGAGGGCCUGAAUUAUUUGCACUCAUUGGAGCCUCCCAUACUUCACUACAGUCUUAAGCCUUCCAAUGUUCUCAUAGAUCUGGAGUAUAGAGCUAAGAUAUCAGAUUAUGGCUUUGCCACUUGGAGAAGGCGGCAAAUACCUUCACUCUUGCAGAGCUGCAAUGACAAAAGUGGUUGGGAUUUGCUUUACUUUGCACCAGAAAUACUUCAAGGUGGCAGCUUCUCACCGGAAGGUGACAUGUACAGCUUUGGAAUGAUGUGUUGGGAAAACCUAAGCAGACAGAAGCCCUUGAGAGGCAAGAAAACUUUGCUUGAAGCUGUGACCGCAGUCUGCAGCGGAGUGCGUCCUGAGAUUGAAUCAGCAUUCGUAGCAAAUGACUUGCCACAUCGUAACAAGUUGGUGCAGCUCAUUGCUUUAUGCUGGCACCACGAACCCCUUAACAGGCCAUGUGCUGCAGAAUGUGCAACACUCCUACAGACUAUUCUUAGCACAUUCAGAAAGGAGACAGUUUCUGAUGCGAUAUAUAACUUGAUCCAUGCAAAGGACUGUGCAAUAAAUGCCGCCAAAGGCCCAGUUACUCAUGUCCUUGUAAAAGACCCACAAAAUUUGGAGAUCAUCUGCACUGAGAACAACAACAGGCACAACAAGGAGAUUAACCUAAAAGCACAGAUUUUGUCAAAUGUUGGUCCCCAGAUUGGUACAAGAGGGCCAGUCAAUGAAGAUCAAACACUCCUUGCCAGGAGUCAUCCUUAUCAUGGCACAACAGUAAGAAGAGGUCACCCAGUCUGCAACAGCAAAGGAUCCAGAUCGCCUCCACAUUCCUUAUCCACCUUUCUCAUGCCUGAUUCAAGCGCAAGUGACAGAAGUACCUUUCCCUUUUGCGAAGAGUCAGAGGACAGGCAGAAGCCACUGCCAAAACCAGCACAGGAUCCUGGUUGCAGUCUAACAUACAACAGCCAACAGAACAGUUGGUCAGAAAACAGGUCAACAGGAUCCUGCUAUAAACAGAAGAGCUGUUCCAUCCUGGCCUGUGAGCGAGUAACCAUCCUCAACUGUAUGACCGAAGGACGCCUGAACCAUAUCUUGGAUGUCCUGCGCUCUCAACAGCUCUUAUCCAGGGCCGACUACGAGACGAUCACCUCCUUUCCCACUUUGACCGCCCGAACCCGUGCUAUGCUGGACACUUGCCUUAGCCUUGGCGAAAAGGCUGCCCAGACCGCGGUGUCUGUAUUGUCUACUAGCAAAUGCAGUCCUUUGCUACGAAGCAUCCAGGAAAAUUAUGCUGUGAAUUAAACCAUUUAGCUCAUGGCAUUAUUUAAAAUGCAAGAUGCCACUGUGAACUGGUAAUUUGCAACAGGAUUUUUGUUUUAUUGCGGCUCUGUUGCAUUGCAUCUGCUCAGUGACUUUUAUCCUCUUAGAGAAGGAACGUGAGUCAGAUUAUGGCAUUGAGCUGCCCAGUGCCUGCAGUAAUAACUUCAAUAACCUUUUGGUAUUGAUGGCCAUGCAGUUGGAUGCUUGACCUGUUGGUAUCGUGGCACAGCUCUGGUCAAGUUUCAGGUCGUAACUAUCUGGGCAAAAGAGGACAGACUUUGGUGCAGCCCUUGUUUUCAAACUGUUUGACACAGGAAUUGCUGAGCCUUGGCAAAGAGAACAGAAAAGGCAUUUAAGGGGUCCUGUUGCUGCAAUGAAGCUGGAAGAAAAGCCUGCAGAGGUGAACACAGAGGUGGGAUUGUUUAGUGUUGCACACAUUUUGAAUGUGCAUUGCAAAUGUAGAUGAGCGAGGAGCAUAUGUAUCACAGGUGGAGGUGUGCAUGUACCUUUUGUGUCACAGUUUGUAUGUGAAACACUGUAAUUCCAUAACAAGAUGGCAUAGUACAACUGUUACAGAACUCUAUGACUAUAAAGUUAUUUUGCAUCUCC